AUCCUAAAGUUGCACGAUAUGAACGUGGAGAUCGAGAGGCCCAAGCUUCUCGCCGCCCGUAGAUUGGGCAGCGCCGUGCAGCAACGCGAAGCGCCCUUGCCGGCGGCAGACACCACAAGCAAGGCGAACAGAUUCCCAGGCGGUGGUUCUGUUGCUGACCUCCUGAGGUCGGCAGCGGCUUCCGGGACAACAAGCCUCCUAAAAGCACCGCCGUCCGCAGAAGAGGACGACGACGAGCCACCGCAGGGCCCUAGCCCAGCGGUAUCGGGGCCACCGCCACCAACGGCAGGGACAACGGAGGCACCGCCAACGGACGCCGAGCUAACCGGCAUGGGAGCGUUACCGUUCGUGUGGUACGAUGGAGCCGUUCCCGACCUUGAGCUGUUCGGGGAUGGCACGCCGCUUGAGACGGAUGAGGUGGCCUCCGCUCCGGAAAUCGAUAUCACCGCCAGGGGGCGAGAGGUCACCCUCGCCCGUUGGAUCUUGCGCCGAAUCAAGGUCGAUAGAGUCCGUGUUGUUGAGGUUGAACUGCCCUGCGGGGGAGGCGGCGGUAGAGGAGGUUCGGAUGGAAACGAUUCGAAGCAGAAGCAAAAGGUGGCGCGGAGACCGGUGGCACGAUGGGAGAGGGUGCUAGUGACGUUCUAUGAGAUAGAAAUGCAGAGGCGCAACCUCGCGGCCUCGCGCGUCCAGGGACUGUCUCGAAUGAGGCAAGCGAGAGAUCGGGCAAGAAGCCGCAUCUUGUCGCAGUUCGAGAAGCGCUUCGACGUCUACAGCGGAAAGUUCUACUACCACAGCAACAAGACCAAGGUCGACACCUUUGUGAAACCACGCCUCCUUCGUCCUGACCAGGAUUUGGAGGAGCCUGCCGACGAGUGGAUUGAGCAGAAGGACCGCUCUGGCAAAACGUUCUACACAAAUCCUGCCACUGGGCAACGAUCGUUCUUGUCAGUGCCUGAGGCCGCGGCAGUCAUCGUCAAGGCCUGCCGGUAUCACCUCCAAGCUUUCUACGGCAUCCCUGGACCGGAUGUUAUUGAACGGGGGAUACGUUUUUCGCAUGAAGCGGAGGAGGCAUGGGUACAGGGUGGGGGUCGGCUGGCAUCAACCCUCAACUACGCUCUGGUGCUGCAUACGCAUCUGCACGACCUCGACACCGCCGGCCCCCUCUACGACGCCGCCCUUGAGUUAUCCGGGGAAAAUCCUCUCGUUCAGCGCGCCUGCGGCCUGUUCUUGCUCUCGAGCUGUCGCUUCCCGAGGGAGCAAAGCCGCGCCAAGGGGCUGGCGUUGCUGAGCGCGGCAGACUACAGGGACCGUGAUCUAAACACUUUUGCCCUCGCCGAGGGGGCGUUUUACCACUUUGGUCUCCUCUCCAUGCCAAACCAUGCAAGGGCGUUGUUGAACUGGGCUUUGAUUCUCGAGCAUGUCCGCCGAGACCCCGCACAGGCCGAGAUGUUUUAUCGGCGAGCUAUCGCAGCGAACGACCUGGACCCCCACGUCCUGGCGAACUACAAGAGUUUUUGUAUGGAGCGUCUGCCAGGAGGCCGCUAUCCCGGAGGGGGACCUGGGUCAAGGGUUCUCCGCCGGUCGCGAUUGGACGGCGAAAGCUUGGAGUUGGAGGGAUGGAAGCGAUAUUGUGACCCGGCGGCGAGCGAAAAGUGCUUGGCGACGUUUUGGUUCCAUCCUCUGCAGCAAGAAACUAGUUGGCAAGGGCCACCGACGGAAGGAGAGAAAGAGAUAAGCUGAAAUAGCUGUCGUGGGAUGUUGCCAGCAAAGCUUUUGGCACGCCGCGCGUUUCUCGAUGAAAAGAGGUUUCAUGCAGCAGCGAAAAAGAUACAUCACUUUCAUCUGAAG